AAUCCCCUACAAAUAACUCAAACUGCCGCACUAAAUUUGGGUCUGUCAAAAUCAAUUUUCUUAUUUUUUUUGGCUUAAAGUUAUAGAGUUAUAGCCCCGACUCGUAAAUGCUGCAGUGGUGAGAAACGAACAGCAAUUGUCGACGUACAUAGACACUUUCGAUAAGUGUUGACUCGAUUUCUCGCCGGACUUUAAAUGCAUCUGAGCUGUGUUUAGGUUAAGAUUUACAAUUCGAAAUGUCUUAUAAGGGGGCACAUGUGCAGGACAGUUGCGUGUUGGAGAGGCGACUGCGACCCAUCUACGAUUGGUUGGAUGCAGGAAACUACAAAAAAGCCAUUCAAGAAUGUGAUAAAGUUCUAAAGAAGAGUCCUAACUUGGACAGGGCAUUAGCAUUAAAAGCUUUGUCAUUACUUCGGUCAGGCAAGGAGUCCUCUUGCAUAACUAUAUUGGAUUCAUUAACUGAGAAGCAACUUGCUGAUGAUGCAAUUCUGCAAGUAAUGACCAUGUGUUAUAGGGAGUUGCAGCAGCUUGAAAAAGUCAGCCAGCUGUAUGAGGUAGCACUGAAAGUGGACCCAACCAAUGAAGAACUUCAUACACAUCUAUUUAUGUCUUAUGUUAGGUCUUCUGAUUUCAAGCAGCAGCAGAAAGCUGCCAUGGCUUUGUAUAAACUGGUCCCUAAGAAUCCUUAUUACUGCUGGGCUGUGAUGAGUGCAUUACUCCAAGCUAUCAGAGGUGAAGGUGUGGACCACCCAAAAAAGAAAUCACUUCUGUUAUCACUGGCUGAGAGAAUGAUAGAUAAAUUAAUACAGGAAAACAAAUUGGAAGCAGAACAGGAGGUACAGUUGUACAUUAUGGUGCUGGAGGCGCAAGAAAAGUAUGAUAAAGUUUUGGAAGUGCUGGACAGCAACUUUGGGACGAAAUUGUCUGGAGAUUUGCCGCAGCUUCGUCUGGUGUACUUAAAGCAUUUAAACCGCUGGCCGGAUAUUAACGUUUUAUGUAAGAAAAUAUUAUCGGAAAGCGUGGAUCGAUGGCAGAUUUGGUUGAGCUAUCUGAAAUCCGUUUUCGAAUUAUACAUAUCAAACAACCAUUCGAAUAAUCAUCAGCAAGAUCUCGCCGACGUGCCCGACCUGGACGUUGUAGAUGAUACGCCAGAGAAAGCGCACGAGUUUAUUUGUAAAUUGGUUGAGAACGGAUCCGAUAACGGAUUUCUGAUGCGCGGUCCCUAUCUAGCAAGAUUCGAACUUUGCAAGCAAAUGAGGGAGCUGAACAAGGGGGACGAGUCGGCCGAAUGUCUCCUGGGAGACCCCAUGGAAUUGUUCAUUGAAUAUUUUCGUAAAUUCGGACACAAACCUUGUUGCGUGUCGGAUUUACGUGAAUAUCUUGAGCUGUUGGAUGGCGAGCGAAGGCUAGAGAUGGCGGGAAAACUGAUCAGAGAAGUGGGGAUUACUUCGACGAACAUACCACAAACAGAACAACAAAUGCAAAGACAUAUCUGCGCCUUACAAUUGUCGAGACUGUGCGGUUCACAUGCGAAUUUAUCCGCGGAACUCAUAAAAGCUUUAGUUACAGCACUUUCGUACCAUUAUUUGCACGGCCAUCAGGAGUAUGGAGCGAAAUUGCUGAGUACGGAUCAAGCACCAGCCGAUGCGUACACACUGCUAGGGGCCCAUUUUCUCUACGAUUUGCAUCGUAUGACAGGAACCUCGCAACCUUUGCUUCUGGCCAUAGUUCUCCUUAAGUAUACUUUAAAAAAUAGUCCCUGCAACUUUCAUCUAAAACUACUUUUACUUCGUCUAUAUCAUAUAUUGGGUAGUGGCUUAAAUGCGCAAACGAUCUACGAUAGCUUGGACAUCAAGCAUCUGCAAUUCGAUUCCAUGGGGUACGCGCAUUGCUCAAUGUUAUCGUCUUCCGGUAAUUUCGGAUUGGCAUCCACACUGUUCGAUACUACAGUCAAGUUUUUCAUUACCAAUUACAAAGAUAGUUCGGAUCAUUUGACGUUUUCGUAUAAGUAUGGUUCGUUUUCGAAAUUAUCCGAAUUCAUGAACUUCCAAGAGCGCCUAGGCUGCAGUUUCCAUUAUGCGAAUACGCUAGUAGAAAAGCAUUUCGUUUCGUUUGUUCACUGCAAUACCAUUGAGCAGGUCUGGGCUUUGGACAUAUUGAAUAACAGCAAAUAUAUGAGUGAGACAAUCAACUGGGAUAAAUUAAUAAUUAAUCAUAAUUAUAAUGUUUAUGUGAGUUGGGACCCUGAGCGCAUUAAUGGACCUAUAGAAGAAUGGAAGGAGACUAAAGACCACAACGAACGCGAUUCCAAACUAUUGUACAUUAAGUGCACUCUAUUGGACUGCAUGCAGUCGGCACUCUCAAUCUUUAAGGCACCUGAACAUAGGCGUAUCGAUCAGCUAAAAGCUAAAGUUGUGGCUUGGAAAGAAACGAUCAAAGGAAAUGGUGUCGUCGAGGAUAGCGAACAUAAAUUACUAUGUAUGCGUUUAUUAUCGAAACUCGGAUCGUAUAUGCGUGCUCCCUACUUGCAAGUUUUAGGUGCAAUGUUCGACGUUGUCGAGGCCGUAUACAUAGACGACAUGGAACAGUGUACCCAGGUAAUUGCCAUCACGAAAGAAGCCGUGAAAGCGAUGACCAGCGAUAUUUGCGAGGCUCUAACCGGAGAGAGUAAAUCACCCGAUGUAUACAUCACUAGGAAAGUCAACCUAGAGCAUCUCAGCUAUGUCAUUGAAAUACUUUCCAAUGUUAGUUUACUGUGUUUGGUAUGUUGGGAAAUUAUAAAGAACUCUCAAUGUGGCGCCAGUAAAAAGGCUAAAAAGAAGGUAGACAAUUCCACCCGCGAAUCGAUCACGAAUCUAGUCAUGUGUGUGAAGGAAGAGAUCACGAAAUUGGACGAAGUUUUGAAGCCGCACACGAACGAAUUAACUCCGUUGAUCGUAUCAAAAAUGGGUAGUACAAUUUUCGACGACCUCAACGAGCAGUUAACGGCAAUGAAUUUGUCCGAAGAGGAGGGAAGUGUUGCAGACAUAUUGACAAAAGCGUACGCUGUCACUAUAAAGGAAUUACGCACUGUGCUUAAAACUAAAUCCAAAUUUCUUAGUUGUAUUAGCUAGUGAAUAAUCAA